AUCUAAGGAUCUAUCUGGCUCUUUAUCAACUUGAGAAAGCAACGAGUUGCUGGUUGUUGGCUGUUGUUCCUCUUCAGCUCUCCUCGGAGUGAUUGCUAUUUGUUUCUGUCAUUUGGAGUUCAAAUUGUUGAAUAUGUUGAUGAUAUUGCUAUCUGUUUGUCCUUUUAUGUUCAAUUCAAAUGCUGAAUCUAUCGAUGUUAGAAUAUUGGAUCUAUUCUUACUCAUACUCACCAGGCGUUUGUUCUCAUGCUUACCAGGCGUUUGUUCCCAUGCUCACCAGGAGUUUUGUCACGCCCCAGAACUCAAAUCUAAGGGCGAAAAUAGAUGCCGUACACUUAUGAGAGGAUCCCACAAAUGCACAAGAUUCAGAACUUGUUAAAUUCAUAAUUACAAUCCAUAGAACAAUUUUGCAAAAAUCUGAAAAUAAAAUUUAUUCUGCAAACCUAAUUAUAAAAUAAGCUAAGUCCAAAUAUUGUGGCUAGUCUAACUCCAAGAUAAUCUAAGUCUGAAACACAAAUGGCUAGCCUUUUAGCUCGUCACUCCCAUCAAUUUUCUUACGUCUUAGGUUUUAGUACCUGAAAUGGUGGGCGAGGAAAAAUUGUGAGAUAACUCAGUAAGUAAGAAUAUGGAUUGCCCUUAAUUAAAAUUUAUAGCAUGCCAACAAGUGUAAUCACGUAUCAAAAAAAAUAAAACUGGUACAAGUACAGGAAUGAAAUAGACGUCUCCUCUAUAGGUUAUGGCCAGCAUUUAUAAACCUCCCACUGGCGAGUACAGUAGUAACGAGUGUAUUAUCCCACUGGCAAGAAUAUAAGAUGAACCAGUUCCUAGGAAUACAUGGCAUGUGCUAGCGUUUAUAAACCUCCCAUUAACGGGCAUAGUAAAACAUGACCAUAUUGGAGACAAAACGAGGCAGGAUUUAACAGGAAAAUCAUAAUUUACAAAUAAUUUCUAGAUCAUCAGGGCAGUUGAGUAAACUCCAAGUAGGCAUGCUCAACUCAAUGAAAAUGAUAAUAAUUUUAUUUCAAACCAAUCAUGCUCGUGUUUGUGUAAAACGAGUUUAGUCCCGCCACCAUUUCAAACCAUUUCAUAAACCAUCGGAAAUAUGUUUUCAAAAACCUUUACCUCAAAUCCAAAAGCAUUACCAUACUUUUACUUACCUCUUCUUGUAGGAUUACAACAGCAAGUAUUCAAGGUUUCAAGGACAUGGUGGUGACUUAGAACCUAUUUCAUAAUUAAGAACAACAGGGUCACAACUUGCCUUAUUC